AUGGGUCUGGGAAACUCUGCUAUUACUGAGCAAGGUGGCUUUGGCGAGAUUGACCAUGGCCUAUUCAGUUUGGAGGAUGCCAUUACCGCGGAGGAUACUAACAAUCCCAAUCUCAAAUUCAUCCGUGCGGCGGCCAACGGAAAUGAAGACCAGAAGCAAAAGCAAAAGCUGAAUGUCAUGGCACGCAACCGGAAAAUGAAAGAUGCUCCAGGAUUCCAGCAAAAGAAAGAUACUUUGUCCAAAUACCAUGAGACAGUCUUCCCAGGCAUGAGGAUCCCGGUAUGCAUGCGCUCCCGCAAUAAGAAAAAUCGUGGAUUCUCCAGGGGAGUCGUUGAUUCAAACAAGUCAGCUCCAGUACCCAUUAUGUCUGUCCAGUGUCCUAUUCCUGGUGGCACAGUAACCACCGUGACAACUGAUCCAGUGCAAAAAGUCAGUUGGGGCCCAAUAACAAGAGUGGAGGCCAGUCAAGAGGCCAGGGAUCUUGUCAAGAAAUGGAUCGAGACCAUUGAAGAAGAAGGUGACCAGGAAAAAGAAUCAAACAAGGACAACGUGGAAGUGAAAUCCGGUCUAGGGAAUGAUUCUCAAGGAAAGCCUAUUCAUCAAGGUCCAGCAAACAUCAAUGAGGACGAUUCAGCAACAGACAGUCCUUCUCAAGCGGAAACGGAUCCUGCAAAUGCAACAGCACGCAUGAUCAAACCGCCACCUCCAACUCCACCGGACACAAUCUUUCAUCCAGCUCUCUCCAUGCCAACUCUUCCUACCCUCCAUCGAAUCUCCGAUGCAAAUCUCGUUGAGCAAUACCGUCUCCAGCGAGCUUUGGGUUCAGACGCCUUUGACAAGGAAACACGGGAGAUCAAAAGAGGGCUAAUUGAGGCCAAAGUGGCUCGAGGAGGAAAGGACCGAUUGCUAAAAAAUGAAUAUACGGUAGAGUUAGCAAGCAGAGAGGAUGCCGCGAUGGCUGAUCGAUGGGCCAGUGGAAGAGUCAUACAGAUGAGAACACGAGGAAAUACCAUGACCAGUGUCUCUGGCGGUAACUUGGAAGACAUGAAGAUUAGAGGCGGAGAAACCGACACAAGAUGUGAGGUGAACGUGAAGAAUCUUGGAACUUCAGUGCCACUAUCACCUAGCAUCGUACCCAUUGAGCGGCAAUCUGGCGGUCAGUCAUCGACCAAACCCAAGGGGGGGCAAACGGAGACACAACAAACAGAGCCCAACUCUGUACAACGUGGUUCCUCCACUCUCGAUCGCUACAAACAAUCCCGUCGAGAACUUGAAUCCCGGCUCGAAGCUCUCGACCUUUCAUCUCAUGUCAGCAAGAUCACGACCUAUGGCACCGUCCGACACCAGCACUCUGAGAAACGCGAGGCAGGUGAUCAUGGCGAGAAACGCACCAUCAAGACCUGGAUUGAGAUCACGGAGGUGUAUGAAGUUCCUAGCGCCCAAGUAUUGAAGUUGAACGAUGUCCUUGCCGCAGUCGAGGAAGAAGACGACGGCGACGGGGAAGGAACGGAUAGCGCUGACGAGAGAACCAGCAAGAAACGUGAAAAGAAACGGAAGACAAAGACCAAGAGCAAGUCCAAGUCACGACGUGGAUCCCAGACAAAAUACUACGACAAAAAGCGCGUCUCCAAAUUGACAUCUCCCUCCAGCCACGCCGAAGACGAAAGCUCUAAUUCGGAAUCCUCUUCGGCGACGGACGACGCAGAAUCACUGGCAUUCCAAGAUCACAAUGAAACACCCGCCGAGUCUCUCUUUCGUUCGCUCUCGCGAUUUGGCGAGGUCACACCAAACAAAGUGUCCCAAAUGUCUGGUGACUUGCGCCACAUCAUCGCUGCGCUGAGAGGUCAUGGCCAGGUCAAGGCAAGCGAGGAAUAA